CGCGUCUGAAGAGGAAGGAAACAAACAUGUCACUUGAGGACCCGUUUUUCGUCGUCAAGGGGGAGGUCCAGAAGGCCCUUUCUCGUGCACGGGGCUUGUACGAUAGAUGGGAGGAACUGCUGCAGGAGGGGACACAGGUGAGCCGGGAUGAGCUGGACUGGAGCACCAAUGAGCUGAGGAACUGUCUGCGGGCCAUAGACUGGGACCUGGAGGACCUCAGCGAGACCAUCAGUAUUGUGGAGUCGAACCCGGGGAAGUUCAGACUCGGGGAGAAUGAACUGCAGGAGAGGAGAGACUUUGUGGAGCGCACCAGGAAAGCUGUUCAGGAAAUGAAGGACCAGCUGUCCAGCCCCUCAGCUGUGGCCCAGGCUGAGAAGAAGAACAGACAGGCCCUCAUGGCUUCCUCAGCGCAGGACCGGUCAACAGGCCUGGAGGCCCAUCUGGUGUCUGCAAACUCCAGAUACAUCGAGGAACAACAAGAACAACAACAGCUGAUCAUGCAGGAGCAGGACGAGCAGCUGGAGUUGGUGUCAGGCAGCAUCAGAGUCCUCAAAGACAUGUCGGGACGCAUCGGGGACGAGCUGGAUGAGCAGGCUGUUAUGCUGGGGGAGUUUGGGGAUGAGAUGGACCAGACGUCGUCCCGCAUGGACUCUGUGCUGAAGAAGCUGGAGAAGGUUUCACACAUGACCAGCAGUCGGAGACAGUGGUGUGCUAUUGGAGUGCUGGUGGCCAUCUUGAUCGUCGUCCUCAUCCUCUUCUUCGCUCUCUGAUGCCGCUGACCUUUAACCUCGCUUCCACACACACACACACACGCACACACACACAGACACACACACGCCCACUCCUCUCUCGGAGAAUGAACAGAAAGACGGAUGAACGGACAGAUGGAGGAAGAGGAAGCGGCCUCUCCUCCUCCUCCUCCUCCUCCUCCUCCCUCGCUCUCACCGAGGAGAAACGGGCGAGAAAUUGGGAUCCGAUCCUCCCUUCUCUUCUUUUGACAACGGUGCGGCGCGGCUGCUGGUUUCUGUGUGAACCCGAGGGCCGAGCGGAGGGGAAUCACGGUUGUUUUUAUUUCUUACUGCUGCAUUUCUAUCACUGUCGGUAUUCACGGUACUCAGCGGCAAGUUUGGGAAAGGGCUUCUCUCGGGCUGAGGGGGACGGAGAAGCUGCUGCUGCUGUCAGGUGGAGAAAAAACAAACAGACAAACUGCAAAAAAAAGUCAUUUUUGCAGUCUAAACUGUAUUUUUACCCCAUUUAAAACAUGAAGAUUGGACUAUUUUUUAGUCCAUGUCCACACAUGCAAGGGAAUGAGAUUCAAACCUGAUAAGUGCCGAGUGAUCACGAUGAAUUUGUUCGGUGUUCGGUCCUUUCAGUUCAGUUUUUGUAGUUUAAACGACACUAAAGAGGAUCUUUUAUUUGAAUUCUGUUUUAAAUAAAGGUGAAAAACAAGCUUUAUUGACUGUGUCGGGCUGAGGAAGCACACAGUCUGUGCACAAAGCAGCUUGGAAGACGGGUAGGAUUUUAUUAUUUCCGGCAAAAAUGAGUAUACAGUGUAGAGCAGAACAAGUUAGAU